AAUUUUAUAUCAGUUACGCUCAGACCGUCGAGUAGGACGGUCGUCCCGCACGGUGUUAACAGUGCUCUUUUACGCAGUUGAUAUUUCUUAGUGUUGUUUUUUAUUUUGGAUUAUUAUUUCUUUUGUUUGUUUGUGUGUGUGUUGUGUUUAAUUGUGUUGUUACAAUGGCUAUGGAGCCGCUGACUACGGUGCCUGUGGAUGAGUUAGAAUCGUGGGUGGAACUCAACUCGGGCGGCGGACUGGCCGCCGUCGAGAACGAGUACAUCAGACUCCUGAGGGAGGCACAGAGGGAGAGCCGCGACUCCUCCGUCAGACAUUCUCGCGCGUCCAGCGUUAAAGGCAGUCCAAAGUCUCCGCCUAACAGUCCGAACUUGGAGCCUUCCACUGAAGAUGAGCUAAAAGGAGUCUACAUUAACUGCUGGAGAGAUGACUCCAACGACUGGGUGUGGGAAUGGAGCAGUAGACCCGACCAGCUUCCCCCUAAGGACUGGCGGUUUAAGCACCCCACAAGCGCUCGCGGUCCACCAUCAGCUACCUCCUCCAUCGAGGUGCUGGAGCAGCAACUAGCCGCGCCUGUUAUGCAGCAGAGUCAUUGCCUGUCAGUCCGUCGCACUUGCCUGUUCAGCCGCGGCGCCAUCGCGGCCGUACUUCUCACCAACGUCGUGUCGCUUCUGCUCGGCGCCGGCAUCGGGAUGUGGCUGAGCAAGCGAGGUCUGUUGCCGCCCCGGCUCAUAGUGCUCAACUAAAAGACUGACGGAUGCACAUAGCUUUUUAUUAUUAGUUAUGCGAUUUCACGACAAAAGUAAAGAAAAUAUUGUAUACCUUAAAAAUAACUAGUCCACCAUCUUGUAUAUUCAGCCAUGUUGGAUUUAGGAUGACCUCACAUAGCUUAACAUGCAUUGUCAUCCAAACUAUGCAAAAUUUCAGCUCAAUCGGUUGAGGGCAAGUGCCUUAAAACUGAGUUGUAAAAUUCGUCAUCUGCCUAACCUUUUCCCAACUAUGUUGGGGUCGGCUUCCAGUCUAACUGGAUGCAGCUGAGUGUUAGUAUUGAAAAAAUGUAGUCAUUAUUAUCCAAAAUAUACUUUCGGUGACUUGCACCAUUUAACUAUAACGAUAACCGAACCAUUUUCAGUUGUCAAAUCGCCGAUGUGACCAAUGGGCGGCAAGUAUACGGCUGGUUAUAGAAAGUUAUAGAGCGGGUCUUAAAAAUAUUUAUAUACUUACAUAGAAAUUAACUGAUGAUUAAAAAAUCGGCCCUUAUUGAGAUUGCAAAUAGACGUAUAAAAAUAUCAUUAUGCAUAUCAAUAUUUAAAAUUAUUCUUAAACUAAAAAAUAAUUGGCACAAAGUUCAUUCUUGUAAGUGAUUUUUUUGUCGUCUAAUCGCAUAACUUUUAAAAACGAAAAUGUGCUAAUUAUAGAGAAGUAGUACGGUUACAAUUAUAUAACUUAAAACUCAAAGUUAAGCAACCAUCCCGAGCUAAAAAAAUGAUGGGUGUGCAAACUUUUAAAAUUCAAUUUAAGUUGUCUAACUCUAACUCGUAUCCAGACUGUCAUAUGUAUGUGUUGGAAGAAAAAAAAGAAAAAUUUCUAAUAUUAAUAAAAAAAUAAGAAAAAAUAGAAAAAAAAAUACUGUAUCUCGUAGUUCUUGGUACAUUUUUUUGUAUUUUUCUUAAGCAACAACUUUUUCGAAAAAAAAAUACUUCUUCGUGUCUAUGUUUGUUUUUUAAUGCCUUUUUUGAGGGUAGUCGAGUAAGACCUUUGACAGAUUGGUUUUGAUUUGACAAGGAACCCGAACGCCUCGUUAGUUCUAGUAACUGAUCACGGCUACCGCACAUUGCUUGAGCUGCAAGAAGGCGCCUGACCUACCUUCCUUAUGGCAUCUCCGCUAUCUUUCCCUCCUCCGUGGUCUUUUCUCAGGCAUUAAUAAACAAAUAUAAACUCAAUUAAUUGUAAACUAUGAAUAUUUUUUAUAUUAUAGUAGUUUAUAAGACAAAAUAAACACUGCAUUAGUUAGAAUUUAAGCUGUGUUUGGAGAUAAUUUUGAAAAAAAUUCAAUAUGCGUGAUGACAGGAUUAAAAUAUUCAGCCUUAAAAACCAACUUAAACACCUGUUGAACACUUGUCCAAACAGACCUUAUUUCAACGUCAUAAUCUGACCGCUUUUAGACAAAUGUUCAACAGACGUUUAAAAGUUUUUGAGGUACGACGGAUUGAUUCUAAUUGGUCCGCAUUUUAGAUUGGCAAAAAAUAUUGGACACGUAUUUUUUAUUUUAACAAAUCAUUAAAUAUUUACUAAGAUAUAAGGCAUUAAGAUUUGUAACGUCACGUCUAUGUAAAAUAUGUACUCAAAAGUGACGUAACACAAAAUUCAGUCGUGUUGUAUCUUCGUUGUUAUUUGUUAGUGAGAGAAAAGAAAAAUUACGUACCCAUUAUUUUAGGGUUACCUAAAAGACGGACAAAUUACUUUUUUUUAAUUUACCAUGCUUAUGCGAGCCAGGGCACUUGAGUGCAUAUUUUUCUUUGUAAAAAUAUGAUAGCCAUCUGAUUGGUUAAAAUUAUUUUCCAGCAAUUUUUGUUCGUUCCAAAAUUAUCUUCAAAUACAAAGAUCAUCAUUUUUCGUUUUAAAUGCAAGUAUUGUGAAAGCAUAAUACUUUUUCCUUUGCCAUUUUGAAAAAAAAAAAUCACAUCUCGUUGUCUCUGUGAUUGACAAAAAACCUUAUUUAUUGUCUAUGAUAGUGUUGCCAGAAACAGCACUAUUGUAUUUUAUUUAUAUAAACUUUAUGUCAAAAGUUUUUAGUUUAAAAAACGUGGUUUAGAAAUGUUCUUAUUUUUUCGUUGUUAGAAGAAUUGGCUAGAUAAUUUUUUUUUGUUUAAUUGUGGAGUAUAUUUUGAUGAUUUUAUGCAUUAUUUAUAUAGAAAAACAGGUUGAAUCACACGUGUUGAGUGUUGAUUCCGAAUUUUGUUAACUCUUGAUUCAUAAUUAUUGUUAUAACUUGGCUGAAAUAGAGGCGUAUGCUACAUCACAUGAUUUGAAUAUUACACCUUCAUUUAUUUUACUGGAUUAUAACCUUUACUAUUUCGUAAGUGAGCGUGUUUAUAAUACGACCAAGUCUCGAAAAUAGCCUUUAUGAAAUAAACAGUUCUUUAAAUUAAUGCUACACAAUUAAGUUUGAUGAUAAUUUACGCAUCGAGAAAGUUCGCUUUCAAAAUCACACUAGACAAUCUAUUGUAAAAACCACUGCUGUCUAGCAGUUAUAUGAAAGUUUUUUUUAUAUAAAUAAUGCAUAAGUUGAAUUCUAUACUCCAUUAAUUUAAUACUGUGAUAGUAAAUUAGAAAAGAAACGCUAAAACACGUAACAAAUAUUUCGCGCGCUUUGCUUUCCGCCAUAUUGGAAUUCGUUCGGCAACCUUCGUGUAUCUUCGGUUGCCGUUCGGGUGUUUUUUAUUUUACUAUCACAAAAUUGUAAAUAUUAUAUGUUGUGUCAUUUUAAUCAUUAGGUUUAAGGCGCUUAAAAUAUAAGGAUAUGCAUUUUUAUUAA